CCUUGAGUGAUACACUUACUGUAAAUGAGUAAACUUGCUAUUUAAUCAUUAGUUUUUUGUUUUGUUUUUCAAAUUAAAAUGUCAUCAUAUUGAAGUACAAUCCGUAAACACAAUGAAAUGUAAGUAUAGUGUGUUUGGAGUGAAUAGAUUGAAUGCGCCAGUGUUGCACAAGGUCACCUGGCGUAACCCCGCCCCUUUCCGUCCCGAAGUGACAGGUGCAGCCACGAAAGUCUCUGAGCAGACGAAGCGGGGUUUUCAGGCAGAUCCUUCUCAAGCUGAUUUCCGACCCCUUUGCCUUGAUCAGAUCCCAGAAAGAAUGGACAAUCCAGGAAUGUGCAGGAAACGCGACGCGGCGAUAAAGUGGUUCACGGAGUUCCAGGUGGAUUGCGUUAUGAGGAAUGGUGAUGUUCCCGAGUGGUUUCAUGGAAUUAUCACAAGGAAGAAUGCAGAAGAUUUAUUGCAGAAUAAAGCUGCAGGUUGUUUCUUGAUCAGGGUCAGUGAAAGUCGCAUCGGGUAUACCUUAUCUUACAGAACUGUGGAUUGCUGCAGGCACUUCAUGAUUGAUGUGCUAAGGAAUGGCCAGUAUACUAUCGUGGGAGAGGCCACAUCCUACAAAUCUCUUGACCACUUGGUGGAUUUCCACCAAAGACAUCCAAUCUUGCCUUAUAAUGAGAUUCUAACUGUUCCUUGUGGGCAGAUCUCGAAAGACGACGCUGAUUAUGCAGAGCUGCUGUUUUCAAAGAAGCAGCCCUCUGGUGACUCCAGCUCCAUUGCUCACAAUCAGAUUCCCGUUCCAUUCCCAAGGAGCCUUCCAAAACCUCAGGCAGCUCCAGAACUCUGUUCACUCAGGGACGUGCCUCCACCCCUCCCGUCACGACCUUCACUCCUCCGGUCGAGAGACAGAAAUCUCAAAACUAGGAAUCCGCAACCCUCGGCUGGAUUUCAGGACACCAUCCCUGUGAAUAGACUUUACCCCAGUCUUAGCAAGGAGCUGUCUUCCGUGAACCUCCUGAAUGAUGCAAGAAUUUCAGAUGAUAAACCUGAGCCCUUACCCUGGAAGAGCUUGUUCAAGAGGUCCCAGAGUACAGAAGCGAUUUUCAAAGAGGCUCCUCCACUACCACCAAGGACCUUCCUGCCUCCAACCAGGGCACAGGAGCCGUCUUCAGCAAAAAGGCCUUUUCCCAUGGAAAUCCCUUUGACAAAUUCCACCGCCUCCGAGAAAGAGGCAAGUAAAGUGCCCGGCAGUGGGAUCUUCUUCGGCGAACGGCUUUGCAGGGUGAAAAACGUCAUCAAAGAAAUGGAAAAAGAAUUCAGAACACAGAGCACCACCAUCAGCCUCCUCACUUUAAAAAAGAACUCCCUGAAAAAGAAAGGGGGAGCCACAGAGACGCGUGGACAUUCAGAUCCCUUUCAGGCAAAAUCUGCCGAGAGCAGUCCCGAUAAGAUCAAUGAUUUCAGCUCGGGCUUCCCUGGAAACAGCAAAGAGACUAAAAACAUUUACCAGGAACUGCCAUCAGAACUGGCAACCCAGCGAGCCAUACAGACCAACAAGACUGCCCCUAAUUCCACAGCCGCUCCUUCUGUGAGUUGCAGCUCGAAGGGUUUUUUAAACACUGUUGGGUUUAAUCAAUGUGUAAAAACCAAAGACAGUGGUAAAAAGCAGCCAGCUCUCCCACUGGAAUACCAUCAGCCACCUCCAUUUGCCCCAGGAUAUUAUUGAUCAUUUAAAAUAACUUUCUUUUUUUCACAAGGUUUUUGAAAAUACAGAAUCGGGGCCCACCAUGCACAGGUGUAAAAUACCAGCCAAUAAAUGUAACGCUAACACAUUUAGAACCGCAUAGCGUGUAACAAAAUAACUUAGUGUUCUGUUCAUGAGACUCAAACAAUCAGUUCUGUGGAUCACUGCUGGUAUUCAGAUAAUGGAAAAGGGAAGCCUGGACAUCAACAUGGAACUGAUCAGUUGCAUCAUAAUGCUCAUGCAGGAGCAAGUAGGACACUCAGAAAUCUCCACACAAACUUUUAAAUGUUUCAGAAAUUCAUGUGCAGAUUCUAGUGUGUCAAACAGUUAUCAGAUACAAUAUUUAAUGAUAUACAUUUUAUUGUUUUAGACAUAAAAAAAACUCUAGAUUUAAAUAUUCGUCAAG